AUAACAAAAAUAUAUGUAUAAAUGUAAUUUAUUGUAGAUUUUCUUACUUUCGUUUGUGAGAUUUAAAAUCUCCUCCUCCCUUUUUCUGUUAACAAAAUGGACCAACGUCAACUUUCAUCGUCAUAUUGCAUGCGGACUAUUGCAAUUUGCCACCUCCUCGUUAUUUUCACUAUCAUACAUUCUGCUUCAACUUAUAAUUUGGAAGCUCGUUUACCACUUUUCAAAUAUGGACCAGAAUUGAGCAAGUUCGGUUUUAGCGUUGCACAGCACAGAACCACGACAGAUGAUGCAACUGGUGUAAAAAAUACAUUACUUGUGAUUGGAGCUCCUACUGCUAGUGCAAUUAAUUCACAAGUUGGUGCAAGAACUCCUAAAAACCCAGGGGGCGUUUUUUAUUGUCCUGUAUCCACCGAUCCCCUCGAUUGUACAAGAGUUGAUAUGGAUGCUGGUGGUGACAUUUCUAUAGGAGAAAAAAAGCUGGUGAAAAGUAAUCAGUGGCUUGGAGUUAGCUUGAAGAGUCAAGGUCCAGGGGGAUUUCUCAUUUCCUGUGCACAUAGAUUUACUCAGCAUCUUUUUACCGAAAAAAUAUCAAGAAACGACGAAGUUGAGAGAAUGUGUGGAAAAUGCUUUCUUUUAAAUGCAACCAGAAAUGAUAGAGUUGUUGAAGUUUCGCCAGACAGUCCAUUGCUUCCUAACGAGUUUAUAUCUUCACCCUGUGAUUCAAUGGAAUCUACCGCAAGUUUGCUCAGUAGCAAACGUAGAUAUGGAUAUAUGCAAGCUGGGACCUCAAUUUCUCUUCAUGCUGAUCAGUAUAUGCUGGGAGCACCAGGAACAUGGGCAUGGACAGGUGCAGUUUUUGACAUGGACAUGGAAGUUGGAUCAGGAAAUCAUAUGGCACAAAGUCCCACAUGCUUCAGAGACAGAAAUGAAAUGGGAUCUCUUGGUGUGAAAUGCAAAAAAAUUCCUGUUAAAAGGGACAGCUAUAUGGGAUUUUCAGUUGCUACAAGUGAUGCUAUUGGUACUGAUUCUGAUGAACUAUAUUAUGCUACUGGAGCUCCAAGGGGUAAUGACACAGGAGUUGUUAUGUUUUUUCAAAAGAUAAAAGUGGACAGUGGAGAAAAGAAACUUGAACCAGUUCCUAUACACACAGUUGUUGGGGAGGCUAUUGGAUCAAGUUUUGGAUAUGCAAUUGCACUGACUGAUAUUAAUGGUGAUGGUUUGGAUGACUUAAUCGUAGGGGCACCUCAAUAUUAUGAAUACUCCAAUAAAAGAAAGAGAGGAGGAGCUAUUUACAUUUAUGAAAAUGUUCCAAGAAGAGGUUUCAGUAACGUUGGUGCAAGAAAAUUUUAUGGACCUCUGGAUUCAUUUUUUGGUCACUCUAUAGAACCAUUGGGUGAUAUUGAUCAGGAUGGAUACAAUGAUUUUGCAGUUGGAGCACCUUAUGAAAAUGAAAAUGGCACUGUGCACAUAUUCAGAGGUGCGCCUGAUGGAAGAGUGAAAGAGUCUCAAACUAUCAAAGCUAAAGAUUUUACACAAACACAUGAAGAUGGGAAAGGAGAUAUUGUUGGAUUUGGUGCAUCAUUAUCUGGACAAGUUGAUGCAGAUAGCAAUAAGUAUCCUGAUUUACUUAUCGGAAGUCUAUCUGAUCAUGUUGCAUUGCUCAGAUCUCGCCCAAUCAUACAGGCAGUAAUGAGUUUGGAUGUAAAAACUGAUGUUCUUGAUUUAGAAGAUAAGAAUUGUGCUUUUGGUGGGAAAGAUUAUUCUUGUUUCGAAAUGUCAUAUUGUUUCAGAUAUACAGCAAGACAUAAAGAAUAUCCGAGAGAGGUUAAAAUUGAAUACAAACUUACAUUAGAUGACAUACAACAGAAGAAAAGAUCAGCGCGUGUCAAUUUUGAUUCUCCGACUGGACCAUCUGUAAUUGAAUCAAAAUACACAAUACCUCGAUCUGGUAAAAAAUUUUGUCCGGAACAGGAUGUUCACACUGUAUAUUUCAGCAAUGGUGUCAAAGAUAAAUUAAGUGAUAUUGGAAUAAAAAUUGAGUUUAACUUGGACUGGCCUAAAAUUGAACGUGAAGAAGUUGGUGCAGAGGUUUUUCCAAUGAUAGAAGACCCGAUAUUAGAUGCCGAUCUUGAUAAGAAGAAGACAGCAGUCGUUAAAAUAAAAACUACCUGUGGGAGUGACGGAUGUCAGAGUAAUCUGAAAGUAUCUGCAUCUAUGCCAAAAGAAGUUGAAAUCGGUGAGGGUGUUACAUUACCUGUAACAAUUGUUGUGAGCAAUGAUGGAGAAGAAGCUCAUGAGGCAUUCAUUACAAUGUCUCUUCCACCUAGAGUUGACUUUGACUCAUUCUCAGUUAAAGAACCUUCAACUCCUGGAUUGUUGUGUUAUGCACAAUCAUCUGGUGAAUCAUCUUUUAUCCGAUGUGAUCUUGGAAAUCCAUACAAGCCUGGGAUGAAGGAUGAAAUUGUGAUCCCACUUGGAGUUUCAAGAAUAACAGCAGAAGAUAAAAAGAUUGAACUUCAAAUCGGAGCACAUACUUCAAGCGAAAAUCCAGAAAUUCCACCAGUUGUCUUGAAAGCAAGAGUUAUGAUUGAACUGGAUAUUUCUCUAAUUGUAUUUGCACAACCUGAACAGGUCAGAUAUAAGGAAACACUAAUACUUGGUGAAAGUGGAAUGAAAAACACUGAAGAUAUUGGACCAUUGACUAUUUAUACAUUUAAUGUGCGAAAUGAAGGUAAUAUUCCGGCUUCUGAUCUUAAUUUGAAUGUCCAGCUUCCUGCUGAAAUUCAUAAUGGAAAGUGGUUACUUUAUCUUGUGACAGCAGAUGUCAAUGAUGGUGGAAUACAGGCUGCAGGAGACUGUGGUAGCAGCAAUGUCAAUGUACUUCAACUAGAGCCAUCCUUAGUUGCUGCCAGUACAAGUGGAAGAUCCAAGCGGGAAGCAGAAAGUCUUGCCCAGGCUCAACCAGAGGCUGAAGCAUCAUCCAGUGGAAGUGGAUAUAUCAGUAAAAUUACUUUAGCUUGUGACAAAAAAAAUACUCGUUGUAUCAAUAUAAAAUGUAAUCUUGAUGAGAUUCCCCCUCUUGCAACAACUUCAGUGGUAUUACAGAUUCAUGUUUGGGAACCAACCUUCCUUGAAGAAUUCAAAGAAACUGAUCUUGUGUAUAUUCAAACUCAUGUUAAUAUAUCUACUGAUGCUGAUAAUAUAAGAUUCAAAGAAGACAAGAGUAUCGGAAUGGUGCAAACAACUGUGGAUCAUGAGUUUUUCAAAAGUGAUGUUACGUCCCAAUUCCCAUGGUGGUAUAUUUUAAUCGGAAUCAUACUUCUUCUCAUAAUAUAUGUUCUAAUUAUAGUUUUGCUGGUGAAAUGUGGAUUUUUCAGGCGUAAGAAAUUUCCUCGUCCCGAGAAUGAAAAUGACAGAACAGUGUUAGUAGAAGAAAAGGAAUAUGAUGACGAGAGGAUAUGAUUCAGCAAGUGACAUGCCUUGGAGCAAAACAGCCAAUAUCAACAUCAUAUCACGUCGAGCUGGUCUGGACUUCCUGGGAAGAGUCUGCUAAAAUUAUGUUGAAAAAAACGUAUUUUGUUUUGUAACUUUAUUGAGCCAAACCGAAAGCAUUUAUUAUUUUUAGCUGUUAUUCUUUCAUGACUCUAACAGUCAGUCAACAUUUUUAUUCAUCAAUUUGUGUCUCUUUAUGUUAAUUACUUACUUACCAAUGAGAUUAUAUAAUCUAUUUUAAUAUCUGUAAUAUUGCGUCUGAAAAACGACCUAACAAUUUGCAAUUUUUUGACAAGCCGCUUGCAAAUGAAUAACAAAAUUGUUAUGCCUCUUGUUUGUGA